GGCUUUUCUCUUUAUCUCUGUCAGCUCUUCGUUUUUAAAUUCCCACAUUUCUUUUAAUUUGAUAUAUAUUUUCUAUGUAGGUUGUACAAAAAAAAUAUAAAUAAAAACAAACAGAAAUUAUAUGUGUUUAAGGCAAAAUUGUCCAAUAUAAAAAUGGCAAAUAAUACAACAGUGACAAAGGUGUUGCACGUCUCCGAGGAGGCAGCACCCGCGGUGCACAUACCCGUUAUGGUGGGCAAUGAGCUGUUUAUGCUUACCCAGCAGGAUGUGAGGCGAGUGGAGGACACCCGUCACAUGUCGUACAACCGAGUGACUUACAAUCAGUUGGCUAACUCCACGACUGCAGCACAGAUUCACCCACUACAAAACUUGAUCUCCUACUGCCAGCAAAGCUGUCCCUGUCCCAUCAAUCACGAGGUAGCUCAACAAACUGAGGAGCCACAUCCUGUUGUCGCCAAUGUGUCUAAGCAACUGACAUGGUCUAAGUCGUGCAGAUCCUCAACUCCAUAUCCCAUUAGCUACAGCGUCGGCACAAUGACCAGCGGUCUCCAGACUCCAAAACUUGAGAGUCCUCCGGAUAAGAAGCAUUGCAGUUGCCAGACAGGCGCACAGACCACUUCCAAGGCCUGCAACACGGAGCCGACCAAGAAACCAAAUAAAUGGUUUAAAAAGCAACGCUCCAAUGAUAGCUUGUCCGAUUCCAACAGCCAUGCGACACAGGAUCGAAGUGAGACGACACUGUCGCCAGCAGAUUGUCCACAACGAGAAAGAAAGUCGUUGGUGCCGCCGUAUUAUGUGGUUAAUGAGGAUUACGAUGAACUUUGAACUUUGUAAUGGGCUCAACUUUUAAAAAUCAAAAGUUUUAUUUACAUUUUAAUAGUAUUAUAUGUAUUCUAUGUCCUUGAAUGUCUCCUGGCAUUAACAUAACGCACUAAGAGAUUUACUUUUCAU